AUGAUCAAAGGAAAACACUCACUACCCAACUGGGAAAUCAAUGGCUUAGUUGAGUACAUGUCAGGUAGGCCUCAGCCAUGUGGCUUCUACUUUGCCAUUCCACAUGGCGCCCAUGCAGUAAGGCUAGGAAAUAAAGCAUCAAUCUCUCAAAAUGUGACUGUGUACACUAUUGGUGCAAUCUAUUCUCUCACGUUUGGUGCCACAAGAACUUGUGCACUUGAUGAGGUGUUGAGAGUCUCUGCCUCUGGUCUCUCUGCUGAUCUUCCAAUUCAGACCUUGUAUAGCAGUGAUGGUGGUGAUACUUAUGGAUGGGCUUUCAUGGCUAGUUCUAAGGUUGUUAAGGUCACUUUUCAUAACCGUGGGGUUCAAGAGGACCCUACUUGUGGACCCCUAUUGGAUGCCAUUGCUAUCAAAAAGCUCCCCCCCUCUCACUUAUACUAG